CCCGUUCUCCGUAAUCCUUUUAUCAACAAGGCUCUGAAAAACCCCAGCCAGAGAGCAAGAAGAGCUUGUUGAGGUUUCUCCAAAUCUUGAAUUAACAAUGGCGAUUCUUGUACUCCCAUUGAUUACUUCAAUUCUCAAACCCCACAAAACUCACUUCUCCUUUCUGCCUUUGCCCAUCAUUCUUCACAGGCGUUUCUUUUCUAAAUCUUCCACUGUCUCUGCACUGUCUACUUCUUCUUCUUCUCAUGUGUCUCACAAUUCAGAAAAUCAAAAGAAAGCCUCUGUUCCAACUUUCCAACAAGCCAUUCAAAGGCUUCAGGAGUAUUGGGGUUCUGUAGGAUGUGCCGUGAUGCAAUGCAGCAAUACUGAGGUUGGAGCUGGGACUAUGAAUCCUCUAACAUAUUUAAGAGUUCUUGGGCCAGAACCGUGGAAUGUUGCGUAUGUAGAGCCUAGUAUUCGUCCAGAUGAUAGCCGUUAUGGAGAAAAUCCAAAUAGGCUUCAAAGGCAUACCCAAUUUCAGGUGAUUUUGAAGCCUGAUCCAGGAAACUCGCAGGACCUGUUCAUCCGUAGCUUGUCAGCAUUAGGUAUUGAUGUCAAUGCACAUGAUAUUCGGUUUGUUGAGGACAACUGGGAGAGCCCUGUGCUUGGUGCCUGGGGAUUGGGCUGGGAGGUAUGGAUGGAUGGAAUGGAAAUCACACAAUUCACCUACUUCCAGCAGGCUGGAAGUAUUCAGUUGAUGCCAGUCUCAGUUGAGAUCACUUAUGGGCUUGAACGUAUCCUUAUGUCACUUCAGGGCGUUGAUCAUUUUAAAAAGAUUCAGUAUGCAGAUGGCAUUACAUAUGGAGAGCUUUUUCUGGAAAAUGAGAAGGAGAUGAGUGCUUAUUAUCUGGAGCAUGCUAGUGUUGACCAUAUACAUAAACAUUUUGAUCUUUUUGAAGCAGAAGCUCGCCGUUUGCUUGAUCUAGGCCUUGCAAUACCUGCGUAUGAUCAGCUUUUGAAGACUUCUCAUGCUUUUAACGUUUUAGACUCGAGAGGCUUUGUUGGGGUGACAGAACGUGCUCGUUAUUUUGGGCGUAUGCGGAGUUUAGCUCGUCAAUGCGCACAACUUUGGUUGCAGACAAGGGAGUCUCUUGGCCAUCCACUAGGUGUUGUUUCUCAUAGUGAUCAUCUUAUUGUUCAAAGAGAAGUCUCGGAGGAAGCAACUGGAAAGGUGCCUUCAGAGCCACGAUUGUUUGUUCUUGAAAUUGGGACUGAGGAGUUGCCUCCAAAUGAUGUAUCAAGUGCAUGCAAACAACUCAAGGAUCUGAUUGUUCAGUUACUGGACAAACAAAGGUUGCUUCAUGGGGAAGUACAAACACAUGGCACUCCACGUAGAGUAGUGGUUAGUGUUGAGAAGCUACACCCUAAGCAAGUGGAACAUGAGGUAGAGAUUCGUGGACCUCCUGUUUCUAAAGCUUUUGAUACGGAAGGAAAUCCUACCAAGGCUGCUGAAGGUUUUUGUCGCAGAAAUAAUGUGCCCUUAGACUCCAUGUACAGACGAGCUGAAGGGAAAACAGAAUAUGUCUAUGUUCGUUUGGUGGAGCCAGCACGGCUUGCAUUCGAGGUUUUGUCUGAAGAGUUACCUGAUAUAAUUGCCAGCAUAUCAUUCCCCAAGUCAAUGCGUUGGAACUCUGAUGUUGCAUUCAGCAGACCCAUUCGUUGGAUUUUGGCCCUUCAUGGAGGUGUAGUUCUUCCCUUCAUGUAUGCUGGAGUUGUAAGUGGAAAUGUAUCUCAUGGUCUACGCAAUACUCCAUCAGCUACAUUUAAGAUAUUGGAUGCAGAAGCCUAUGCAAAUGUAAUGCAGGAUGCUGGGAUUCUUGCUGAUGUCGAGCAUCGCAAGAAAACAAUUACAGAGAAAUCAAAUGAUUUAGCAAAAAGUGUACAUGGACAUAUUGUAAUGAAGAGUGAUUUGCUUGAUGAGGUUGUGAAUCUUGUUGAGGCACCACUCCCUGUACUUGGCAAAUUCAAUGAGUCCUUCUUAGAGCUUCCAAAGGAGCUACUUAUAAUGGUGAUGCAGAAGCAUCAGAAAUACUUCGCCAUGACUGAUGAGAAUGGGUUACUGUUGCCAUACUUUGUCACAGUUGCAAAUGGAUCAAUUGAUAACAAGGUAGUUAGAAAAGGAAAUGAAGCUGUGCUAAGAGCUCGAUUUGAAGAUGCAAAAUUUUUCUAUGCAAUGGACACAAAUAGAAAAUUUUCUGAAUUUCGUACGCAACUGAAAGGGAUUCUUUUCCAUGAGAAGCUUGGGACUAUGUUAGAUAAGAUGACACGAGUUCAGAAUUUGGCUAGUGAAGUUGGAUUGUCUCUUGGAAUAAGUGAAGACAAACUCGAAGUCAUCCAAGAUGCAGCCUCAUUAGCCAUGGCGGAUCUUGCAACUGCAGUUGUUACAGAGUUCACUUCUCUUUCAGGGACAAUGGCACGCCACUAUGCACUUAGAGAUGGCUAUUCAACGGAGAUUGCAGAGGCUUUGUUUGAGAUCUUACUUCCACGAUUUUCUGGAGAUAUGCUCCCAAAGACCGAAGUUGGGUCUGUUUUGGCUAUUACUGAUAGGCUUGAUAGCAUUGUUGGCUUAUUUGCUGCUGGCUGUCAGCCAAGCUCAAGUAAUGAUCCAUUUGGCCUGCGACGGAUCUCCUACGGUCUUGUGCAACUCUUGGUUGAAAUUGACAGAAAUGUGGACUUACGACAGGCUUUAGAACUUGCUGCUGCAGUGCAACCCAUUGAAGUUGAUGUCAGUACAAUCAAUGAUGUACAUCAAUUUGUAACACGCAGACUAGAACAAUUUCUGAUGGACAAAGGUAUAAGCCCAGAAGUCGUUAGGUCUGUUCUUUCCGAGCGUGCAAGACGACCUGGUUUGGCGACUAAGUCAGUGUACAAAAUGGAGUCCUUGUCCAAAGGGGAGCUUUUGCCUAAGGUUGUUGAAGCAUAUUCACGUCCAACAAGAAUUGUUCGCGGGAAGGAUGCCAAUGUUGAUGUGGAGGUGGAUGAUCAAGCUUUUGAAACAAAUGAAGAGAAAGCUUUGUGGAACACUUUCUUGUCACUAAAAAGUAAAAUACAUCCAGACAUGGAAGUCGAUGAUUUUGUUGAAGCAUCAUCAGUACUUGUAGAACCGCUGGAGGAGUUUUUCAACGAGGUCUUUGUAAUGGUGGAAGACGAACGGGUCAGAACAAAUCGGCUUGCACUGCUGAAGAAAAUAGCAGACUUGCCAAGGGGAAUAGUAGAUCUUUCAGUUUUACCGGGAUUUUGAAGUAUGUACCCAGUGUCCGCUUAGUUUGUGCCAUACUAUCAUCUGAGGCAUCAAAGAAGAACAGCUAUUGCCCAUUAGCGGAGGAGAAAACAGUAAACAGACUAAUGUUUUUUUCGCGGAGGCAGCUACAACCACAACAGAGCGAACUAGAGGAGAAACUGUUACAUAAAUCUGGUAACGAUGUCACAAUUUUGACUGUUGUACAAGUAUGUAACAAGUGAAUGAAUAAAAUGAACUAUCGCUUGUAUGUUCACAUUGUCUGACGAAUAUAUAUCAUUUUGUUUUAAGUUAUUCAAGAAAUUCAACUUUGA